AGUACGAGGUUAUCGCUUGGGGCCCGCGUGGCAGUUUCUGCUCGUUUUAGCGGCAUAUUGAUAUAAAUAUCCGUUCCUUUGAAUAAGUUUUGUUUAAUUUUGAGCUGCAAGUGAUCGAGAUAUGCUCACCAUGGAAAUAUAUGAACUUGUCAGGCUGUUUUUUGAGGUUCCAACCUACCAUCUGGUCCUGGAGGCAGUCCUCAUCAUUUGGGUACUAAGCCUCAUUCUGAAGAAGAAAAGCCAUAACCCAGCAAAGUCUUCACUGUCAGAAAAGGAGAGGGAGGAGUUGAUUCAGGAGUGGACUCCUGAGCCGCUGGUGCCUGACGAUGCCGAUCAGGAGCCCAUCAAGUACGACGUGAUCCAGGGAAAGGUGGGCAAGUACGUGACGAUCGGCGGCCGCCAGUACCUGAACGCGGCCACGCACAACUUCCUGGGCAUGGUGGGUGACGAGCGGGUGGAGGAGGCGGCCGUCACCUGCCUGCGCAAGUACGGCGUCGGCUCGUGCGGCCCGCGCGCCUUCUUCGGCACCAUAGACGUGCACCUGGACCUGGAGAAGCGCAUCUCGGAGUUCAUGGGCACCGAGGAGUCUGUGCUGUACUCGCUGGGCUUUUCCACCGUGGCCAGUGCCAUCCCCGCGUACGCCAAGCGGGCCGACAUCAUCUUCGCGGACGAGGCUGUCUGCUUCGCCAUCCAGAAGGGCCUGCAGGCGUCUCGCAGCGACGUGCGGUACUUUCGACACAACGACAUGGAGCACCUGGAGGAGCUGCUGCAGCGGCAGGCCCAGGCCGACUGGCUGGAGCCGAAGGCGGCGGCCGAGGUGCGCAAGUUCCUGGUGGUGGAGGGCGUGUACGCCAACACGGGCGCCGUGUGUCGUCUGCCGGAGCUGCUGCGGCUCAAGGCCGAGCACAAGCUGCGUCUGUUCAUCGACGAGUCGCUUUCACUCGGUGUGCUGGGCGGCACGGGCCGCGGCGUCACCGAACACUUCGGGGUCACGGCGCGGGAAGCGGACCUGAUCAUGGUCAGCAUGGAAGCGGCGCUCGGCUCUGUGGGCGGCUUCACCACCGGCUCGUUCUACGUGGCCGACCACCAGCGCCUCAGCGGACAGGGGUACGUGUUUUCGGCGGCGCUGGCGCCACUCUGCGCCGCCGCCGCCAUGUGCGUCAUCGACCUGCUGGACGCCGAGCCAGAGAUGACUGAUCAGCUGCGCGACGUCUGCCGGGCCAUGCAUAAGGCGCUGGCCGGCAUAGACGGGCUCCAUCUGGUGGGUGACGAGCUGUCGCCGGUUAAGUUCCUGCAGCUGCCCGGCUCGGACUUAGACAGGCGCGAUAGCGAGAGGACCCUGCAGUGCAUUGUGGAUCAGUGCCGGGAGCAAGGCGUGGCGCUGACGCUGGCCCGCUACCUGGAGCAGGAGGAGUACCGGCUGCCGGUGCCGGCCAUCCGGCUGACCUGCACCCGGCUCAUGGGGCCACAGGAGGUGCGCCAAGUGGGCGACGCGCUGGCCACCGGCGCGCGCUACUUCAGCCCGUGCUAGUGCCGCCGCCGCCGCCGCCGGGGUGCCCGCUAUCUCGUCGGGGAGGCCCUCCUUCAUGGAGGUCGCUCUCCCGCCGGGGAGGCCGCUUUCCCGCCAGGCAGGCCAGGCCGCUCCCUCGCCGGGGAGGCCGCUCUCACCGGGGAGGCUGCUCUCCCGCCGGGGAAGCCGCUCUCCCGUCGGGGAGGCCGCUCUCACCGGGGAGGCCGCUCUCACCGGGGAGGCGCUCUCCUGCCGGGGAGGCCGCUCUCCUGCCGGGGAGGCCGCUCUCCCGCCGGGGAGGCCGCUCUCCCUCCAGCUGCGACAGACAGAGCCGGCUGGUGACGGUGCUGCGUCGGACGGGAACAGGCCGGCAGGUCUGCUGCUGCGUCUCACCGAUAGCGGCCAGCCGCGCCAUGGGGUGAGGGCGCACCUCUGCGCUGGGAACGCCUGCGGGCAUGCUGGGAGGGUGGUAUGUGUGUAUUCGUCCACUAUUCCACGUACCUCUGUGUCAUAUUCGCUGUGUGGUGCGCCGGGGCGGCGGCCCCAGCCUCGCGCCUAUGAGGACCCGACGCUGCGUGCCUUUGCUUGUGCGCUGGCUGAUGUGUGCCUUAUCGGGAUGCGGCGUGGCAUGAUCUCUGUUCGGCACUGAGACACGUACUCCCGCUGUUUUAGCGGAGUCGGCGUUUUUGCUGUGCACUGCCUUGAUAUCGAGAUUGUAAAGAAACGGGGGGUUUUAGACUUGCCUAUGUGAAUAUUAUACUUACUUAUGCCAUAUUUGUACUUAACAUAUAUUUGUACUCAUACCAAGCCAUGUUUUUGGUUUGUUCUUAUGUCAGGCCUGGUCGGUCUUUUGCGCAACCAGAUAGACAAAGCUGAGUGUCUUUUCGUCCCGUCACGACCAUUUUCUCUCCAAUGUUAUGCGCUAGGGCAUUUAUAAUGCGUUAUGCGGUUCCAUGUCCGCGCAAAAGUAGCUUCGUCCGUGGACCGCUGUGUCGCACUGCGCCCAUCUCAUGCCCCUGCUCCGUGGCUCGGACAAAUGCGCCUGGCCCUUGAGUAUCGAUGCUGAAUAUUUCUGUACACCAUGACAUCGAUGUCAUGUUGAACUGUCAUGGAUGGCGGAAGUCCUAAUUUACGGAUGCCACAUUUGUCUCUGCAGUAUGUUAAUGUGCUGUGUAAUUUGUCAAAUACAGUGUUUCCAUGUAA